UGUCAGUGGAAGCAGCGCGAAAGUUUGCGUCGGCGGCAACAAUGAUUCGAAAUGAGCAUCUCUGAGUUUUUGUUAUUAAUGGAAUGUCGAAAAUGGAGUAGGCCAUCGUGUCCUGGAUAUAAGAUACCGGAGAGAUGAACUGUGAUGCUGCUGUUUAAAAUCGAAUUAGGAGUGAACUUGUAAAGGCAUUUUUGUUCGUGUCAAUGGAGAGCCCGUCCUCGGCUGAUAGACGGCAGGCUUGGGCGCACAGCAGCCGUUACUGGCUUACCCUGGAAGACUCAGAGCCGCGCGGUCCGUGUGCAGCGAUCUCAGAUCCAUCUGCACACCUCUCUCUCCAGGACGAGGUCUUUACGGAUGGAUGCUCUACAGGAAAGAUUGAAACCUGGCUCCAAGGCUGUGGAAAUGAAGCCAACCAAGAGAACCUGAGUCACCUCACUGUGGAUUGCUUUAGUGAAUGGUCUCCAAGAGGUGUACAGAGUUCCUCUUCUCAUAUUCCCAUUCACUGCACUGCAGAAUCGUUGCUGAAGACCGGUAACAGUUUUGAAGAUGAUCUGAGCCUUGGGGCUGAAGCUACAGCACUAGAUGUUGGAUCACGCAAUGAAGAGCUUGGGUAUUGCCCAAUGCUCCUACCUCCUCCUAAAUCACGCCGCAAAGACUACCACACAAGCACCCCUCAGAAGAGGCUUAACCCACCUUUCUAUAACAUGGGACAAAGCAUGGCAUCCAGUGCCUUCUCUUUCCUCACCACUAAGACUGCUUCUAGUGUAUCUGAGGUCCUGCAGAUGUGUGCUGAGGAUGCGGAGGAGACCCUGUACCAGUUGGGGUUUGGCUGUGAGGAGCCGCAGGUGACUGCUCGUAUCCCAGCUCGCUUCUUCAAUUUCCCCUCCCAGCUCAGAGGCAUCAACUUCCGCCUUUUCCUCGAGUCCCAGCUUCGCCGUAUACGCGAAGAAGACCCCAACCUCUCACUUGCUAGUCGUUUCCGUCAGGUGGAAGUGUUAACAGCCAUGGCCAAUGCUUUCUACUCUCUCUACUCUCACGUGUCCCGCACACCGCUCCAGAAGCUCGCCCCGCCUGAGUGCAGCUUCUCUUCGCCCACAGUGGAACGCACCAUUGGACAGCGCUUCUUCCCCAGUGUCCGCACCGAACCCCGCUCUCCUGUGGAGCGCCUCAAGGACACAGUUUCAAAGAUGUGCCUGUACACGGGCUCUCGCGGCUCUGACUCGGCCUCUCCGAACAGCUCACCCCGGAAGAGGAACAGCCUGCCGGAUGUGGUCGGCAUAGUGCUGGGGGACGGUGCAGGUAGAAGGAGGCCACGAGGAGGGCAGAGGGGCGUGGCCCCAGGAUGUGGGUGGGGAAACACAGCCAGUAGAGCCAGCUCGGAAGAGGGAGAUGAGAAGUCGGUACAGGUAUCUGAAGUGUCGCCUGCUGACAGUGUGACUGAUCCGGAGAAAGCAGCUAAUGCACACAAGGAGAGGAUCCAGCGCUGGUCUCAGUCAGGGAAGAGAGGUGGUCUUAAGGCAAAGGCCUACCUGUUGAAGUCCCAUGAUGCUUCUCUGGAAACUACACAGGCUCGAAACUCAAGAAAUGACACGGACAUAAAUGAAGGUUCUAUUGAUUCUCCUUCAAAUAAUGCCACCUUGAACAAACAUAUUGACACCAGGGCACGAGUUGCUGUAAUUUCCUAUGAUGUCCUUUGCCCUCAUGUAGUGGAGUGUGUGCAUCAGGGACUUUACCUAUGUCAACAAUCAGACACUAAUGGAGCAGUGGGAUCAUCUCCUGUUCAGAUGCUAAAUGAAUCUUCACUUCAAAGAAAGCUUGAGCCAAAAGACAAGCCAUCAGAGGAUGCACAAAAACAGAUUUGCCCCAAAGACAAGCCAUCAGUGGAUGCACAAAAACAGAUUUGCCUGCCACCUGGGGAGGAGGAUGGGUAUCUGGUGAAAGUACCUUCAGAGCAUUCACAAGGUGACCUGGUGUCAAUUUACCCUACCAUCACACAAAAGUCACCAUGCCAGAUCAUGGUAACUGGCUGGGAGGACGACAUCACUAUACUCCACAGAGAACCACACAAGGACUUUACCUCUGUGUAUUCUGAUAGCACUCCCAGGUUGCCUUCAUCCGUGUCAGACAACCCAAGUUACCUGAGUCCCAUAAAACCCCAAACCAGCCAUAUUAGCAGAUGCCCUAAGCAGGCCAACUCUUUUGAGCUGGAAGAGGUGCACAGUGCAGGAGAGGAGGAGAGCAUUUCACAGUGCAGUGCAUUCACACUGACUGUUGCUGCAGCUACUCAACAGAAAUAUUUGCCUUUGAGAGGGGACAGUUUCCAGUCAGACAGCAGUGGCUAUGCUGAAGAAGACAUGCAGCAGUCUCUAACCACCCUUAUCAAAGAGAUCAACUGAGGUCAAAAAGAAAAAAAAACAACUGAUGUCACACUUCCUUGAGCAUCUCUGCCCAUCUGGUGUUUAACUUAGAAGAUACAGAGCAGACUUUCUCAUAAGACAAAGAACAAAGGUCAUCACAACAGCUGUCACAUAUUUUCUUUUUUCACCUUUCUUUUGAAAUGAAAAGCCAGCACAUAUGUAACAGUAGGAAUGCCAAAAGCUAAAGUACAAAAGGCAACUACUGUACAGCAUUUUGCCUUCUUUUCUAAUUAAUUGGGAAUCUGAGGGAUGAACAUUGUUGGCUCCUGGUUUUGAGCUGUUUGAAUGUAAUGAAGAAACUUGGUAUUGUAUCAUGCCAUAACUUUGAUUGCC